AUGACUUCUCUAAGUGCUAAAUGUCCAAUCUUUUCAAUCAGGUCAUUUUCAGAAAGCGUGAAGUCUUCAGACGAUGAUCGGUCGUACACUCGUUAUGCAGUACUCUGUGCGACGAUCAUUUGCCUGUCAUCAGUAAUGGCUAAUAUAAUCUGCUUCAAUUUCACGGUACUCUGCAUGCCAGCUACCCACGAAGAACUCUCCGUCAAUGAAACUCAUUACCAUGGCUACAGUAAGAAUGAACGAACAUGGUUAUUCAGUGCUGUUGCCGUUGGUGCACUGAUAUCUGUAGUACCGACAUCUCAUGCUAUUGCUACCAUCGGAGCACGAUACAGAAUUGAGCCGGGUUGUGUUGUCGGGGAUAGUCAUGCUGUCUGA